CUCACACUCUGAAAGUGAAGCGAGAAAUCGAAGAUCGAAGAGCUCAAGCUCUUCUCGGUGGAGGUGAGAAGCGGAUCGCGGCUCAGCACAAACGUGGAAAGCUCUCAGCUCGAGAGAGAAUCCGUCUCCUCGUGGAUGCUGGGUCUUUCACCGAAUACGAUCAAUUCAUGGAGCACACUUGCUCAGACUUCGAGAUGGAAAAACAGAAAUUCGCCGGUGACUCCGUGGUGACGGGACACGGCGAGAUCCAUGGCAGGAAAGUGUUCGUUUUCUCGCAGGACUUCACGGUGUUCGGUGGAUCGCUCAGUUCUGUCCAUGCGAAAAAGGUCUGCAAGAUCAUGGACCAAGCAAUGCUGGUGGGCGCUCCGGUGAUCGGACUCAAUGAUUCCGGUGGGGCUCGGAUCCAAGAAGGGGUCGAAUCGCUCGCGGGCUACGCCGACAUUUUCCUACGGAACGUGACAGCGUCCGGCGUCAUUCCCCAAAUCUCGGUGAUCAUGGGACCCUGUGCGGGCGGCGCUGUUUAUUCGCCGGCGAUGACGGAUUUGGUGUUCAUGGUUAAAGACACCUCGUACCUUUUCAUCACGGGACCCGACGUGGUCAAAGCCGUUACGAACGAGGACGUGACGCAAGAGCAGCUCGGUGGUUCGAAGACACACACGCACACUUCAGGGGUCGCUCACGGAGCAUUCGAAAACGACGUCGAUGCACUGAUUCAACUCCGAAGACUCUACGAUUUCCUCCCGCUGAAUAACAGAGAAGGAUCUCCUCGACGCCAGUGCAGCGAUCCGUGGGACCGCCCCGCUUACUCUUUGGAUUCUGUGGUUCCGCUGGAGUCGACCAAAGCCUAUAACAUGAUCGACGUGGUCCUGGAUCUCGUGGACGACCGAGACUUCUUCGAAAUCAUGCCGAACUACGCCAAGAAUCUCGUCUGUGGCUUCGCUCGCAUGAACGGUGAAACGGUCGGCAUCGUGGGCAACAAUCCCAAGUACGCUGCGGGUUGUCUGGACAUCAACUCGUCCGUCAAGGGUGCGAGGUUCGUCCGUUUCUGCGAUGCCUUCAAUAUCCCCAUCGUGACGUUGGUUGACGUGCCGGGAUUCCUACCGGGAACCUCUCAGGAAUACAACGGUAUCAUUCGCCACGGAGCUAAGCUUUUGUACGCCUACGCGGAGGCCACCGCCCCCAAAGUGACAAUCAUCACGCGAAAAGCGUAUGGAGGAGCCUAUGACGUUAUGUCGUCGAAACAUCUCAGGGGUGAUGUGAACUACGCGUGGCCCACGGCCGAGGUGGCAGUCAUGGGCGCCAAGGGCGCGGUGUCGAUCCUCUACCGAGGUUCAGACAAUGUUGCUAGAUACGAGCAGGAGUACAUCGACAAAUUCACUAAUCCCUUCUCGGCAGCGGUGAGAGGCUUUGUCGACGAUAUAAUUGAGCCGCACUCUACUCGGAUGCGCAUCUGUCGGGACCUGAAUAUGUUGAGGGACAAGAAGUUGAGCAAUCCACCUAAGAAACACGGAAACAUUCCUCUCUAGUUCCACCGCCGCCACGCGCGAGAUAUACUCACUUAUAAUACAAACUAAUCAAAAGAUGAGGAUGAUUGUCUGGACAUUAUCUCACAAUCAUAGCAGACAAGAUCGAGAUGCACAACGCUGUCGACCGAGGGGUUUUACUCGGAAUGUUUUGAGCGCUGAAUGAGUGUUACUUAUCGAGAGAGGACUGUGAUGGGAGCGUAUGCGGUAUCGAUGAUUUUUUGACUUAUUCGAGGAAUACUUGCGAGAGCGCUAGUCCGGUCACUCGGCAAGGCUUUUACGAAGAAUUUUCACCCAGCUGAGUUCAUUUAGAAUACACGAGGAAGCCGCGGGUGCGAAAGCGGCGCG